AUGGCAUCUGUCCAGGUUGUCAACGUUUCUCUCCCGUCCUUGCCCUCGGGCUGGACUGCUGAGAAGGACUUCAAGGCCGUUGGUGCCCUGUCCGCUGCCACUCAGCGCAACAUUGAGCCCGUGGGCCCGCACUUCCUUGCCCACGCCCGCAGAAAGCGUCACGCUCGUACUUUUUCUGAGGAUGAGCGCAUCCAGGCUCAGCAGAACGUUAAGAAGACUGAGGAUGAGGAGGAUGAGGACAUCUCCGAGGACGAGGAUCCUAUGAUGCUCGCCCGUGAGGCUAAGGACUGGAAGGCCCAGGACCACUACGCCGUUCUUGGUCUGACCAAGUACCGCUGGCGCGCCACCCCCGAGCAGAUCAAGCGUGCCCACCGCAAGAAGGUUCUGCGUCACCACCCCGACAAGAAGGCCGCCAUGGGCCAGCGCGAUGAGAACGACAACUUCUUCAAGUGCAUUCAGAAGGCCACCGAGCUCCUUUUGGACCCCGUCCGCCGUCGUCAAUUCGAUUCCGUUGACGAGGCCGCUGAUGUCGAGCCACCAUCCAAGAAGGAACUCCAGAAGGGCAACUUCUACAAGCUCUGGGGACCUGUCUUCGAGGCCGAAGGCCGUUUCUCCAACAAGCAACCUGUGCCCAAGCUCGGCGACGAGAAUUCCACUCAGGAGGAGGUCGAGACUUUCUACAACUUCUGGUACAACUUUGACAGCUGGCGCACAUUCGAAUACCUCGAUGAGGACAUUCCCGACGACGGUGAGGGCCGUGACCAGAAGCGUCACACCGAGAAGAAGAACGCCAACGCCCGCCGCAAGCGCAAGUCUGAGGAUAUCGCCCGCCUGCGCGAGUUGGUGGACGAGUGCCUUGCCCUGGACGAGCGUAUCAAGAAGUUCAAGCAGCAGGCUCGUGCCGGCAAGGAUGCCAAGCGCAAGGCCAAGGAGGAGGAGGCCAAGCGUCUGAUUGAGGAGCGUGAGCGCGCCAAGGCCGAGGCCGAGGCUGCGAAGAAGAACGCUGAGGAGGCUGCCAAGGCCGAGCGCGAGGAGAAGAAGAAGGCCAAGGAGGCUGCGAAGAACGCUGCUAAGAAGAACAAGCGUGUUCUCAAGUCCUCCGUCAAGGACGUCAACUACUUUGCCGACGGCGAGGCUUCUGCCGCCCAGGUCGACGCUGUUCUUGGUGACGUCGAGCUUGUCAUGGGCAAGAUCGACGUUGACGAGCUGGCCGAGCUGGCCUCGCGCCCCUGA